AUGACGGAAGAACUAAUCAAAAGUUUCAUAUGUCUUUUGAAAAAUCCUUUAGGUACAUUAUGUUUUGGUGUGAUUGGUUUAAUUGGAAAUUUGAUAUGUUUUUUGGUUGUUUGUCGUUUUGCAUUACCUCAACAUUCAUUUGUUCAAUAUCUUCGUGCAUUGGCUAUAUUUGAUUUUAUUUCUUUAUUAUUUGAAUGUUUACAAUCAUUAAAUAAUUUACUUGUUUAUUUAUUUGCAAUAAAUAUUUUAAAUUUUCGAUCAACAAUACUUUGUAAAAUUUAUGAAUAUUCAAGUCAUGUUACUGUUUUACUUGCAUGUUGGACUAUUGUGGGUUUAACAUUUGAUCGUUUAAUUUUAUUAUGUGAUCCUUGGGCUAAACAAUGGCCAAAUUUAUCACGAAAAAUUUGUAAUUUACAAUGUGCAAAACGAAUUAUUUAUUUUUUAAUUUGUUUUUCACUUAUAAUUAAUAUUCCACAUUUAAUUUAUCAACAAUGGAUUUGUCGUAAAUCGGGUUAUCGUUAUAGUGCAGCAUUUACAGGCAAAUUUUAUUCAAAUGAAACACAAAAUACUUCAGAUCAUUUUAAUUGUCAAUGUCGAAUUUCACCUUCUCACAAACAAUUCACUGUUCUCUUAUAUGUUCAAUGGAAAAUUUAUAUUUUUCAUUUACUUUGUUAUACACUUUUACCAGGUGUUAUCUUAAUUGCAAGUAAUGCAGCUAUUUUACAAGUUAUUCAUGCACCACGACAAAUUGUUGGACAAAAAAAUGAACAUUUAAAAUCGAACUUAACUCGAACAUUAACAUCUGUAUCAUUGACGUNAAUAUCGCAGCAUUGGGAAUUAAUUUUUUCUUAUACAUCUUAG